AUGUGGAGACCUUUAAACGUGAGCGUGAAAUCAGUUCGAAAUAAUUUCCUGAUAUAUUAUUGGCGGGCUCAGUGGCUUUUGAUCAGAUUGAUUUCUGUUCCCAGUAUCCGUGGCCAAACGAAAUCAUAAGAUUAUGAAGUGCACUGUAUUUGUAACUGCUCUGUUUGUUGUGUACGUUGUUACCAUUGGUGUUGACGGUGCAAAGGAUGACCACGUGUACCUGAUGGAGGUGAAGCUACCGACGCUGGAAGAGAGGGGUGAAGAUAUCGAAAUCUACCACAUUAAUCAGUUUCUCGGGAGCAGCUCUGGCGUCAACGACAUCUACCGUUUCAAGAUUAUAGGGGAACCCAGAGCAAUAGCGAUUCUUAAGGUUCAAAACGCCUGUUCAUGGAACAGAUUGACAACCACUUUUGUUCAAAUGGGGGAGGAUUUCUAUGUAACUUCCCUUUAUGAGGGUGAGAGUUUGGCGGAUGAUCUUGGCGUCAACGAAACCUUAAUAGGUGAAGGACCAAGUGGCUUUCCAGAUUCUAACCUAUACUUCAUUGAUGUCACAUUUGCGCCUGGGAAAACUACUCCAACCGUUUUACACAGUGUAACUGAAAAGAUCUUGAACCUAAGAGCAGAGGAUACAAGAUUAGCUUUCUACAAAAUCCUUGGACAAGUUCCAGCGCGGAUUCUGGUUUUUGCUACCCUCCUUCCAUCCAAGGCGGAUUCUCUCCACACCACUUUCAACUGUACCGACGUUUGCAAUAUGAAACUGACAGCGAUUCAGAAUCUUAACACUUACAUUAGUAACUGUUGAGUAAGAUACCUUCCGAUGUGAUGAAUCUUGUUUCGGUAUUGAAAUUUCAGACACAGCAA